CCAAGACCGAACUCAAACAACGCAUUACACUUGUUAACAUUUCCUCAUUUGUAGUUUCUCUCCCUCUCCCUCUCUUACUUCUACCAUUAGGUUCAUAUAUUCCUUGAUAUUUUAACGAUCAUGUGUGGGAUUUUGGCCGUGCUCGGGUGCUCCGACGACUCUCAGGCGAAGCGAGUUCGGGUCCUGGAGCUCUCUCGCAGGUUGAAGCAUCGCGGUCCAGACUGGGGAGGUUUGCAUCAAUAUGGAGACUCUUUUCUAACUCACCAGCGGCUAGCAAUUAUCGAUCCUGCUUCUGGUGAUCAGCCUCUUUACAAUGAAGACAAGACCAUCGUUGUCACGGUUAAUGGAGAGAUUUAUAACCAUGAGAUGCUAAGGAAGCAAUUGUCGACUCACAAAUUCAGGACUGGCAGUGAUUGUGAAGUUAUAGCACAUCUGUAUGAGGAACAUGAAGAAAAUUUUGUGAAUAUGUUGGAUGGCCUAUUCUCAUUUGUGUUGUUGGAUACUCGCGAUAAUAGCUUCCUUGUUGCUCGAGAUGCGAUUGGUAUCACACCCCUCUAUAUCGGCUGGGGACUUGAUGGAUCGGUCUGGAUAUCCUCCGAAAUGAAGGGACUUAACGAUGACUGUGAACAUUUUGAGUGUUUCCCUCCUGGUCAUCUGUAUUCAAGCAAAACAGGCGAAUUAAAAAGAUGGUAUAAUCCAGUUUGGUACUCGGAGUUAAUUCCUUCGGUUCCUUAUGACCCUCUUGUUCUAAGAAAAGCAUUCGAAGAUGCUGUUGUUAAGAGGCUCAUGACUGAUGUACCCUUUGGCGUUUUGCUAUCGGGUGGCCUUGAUUCUUCUCUGGUUGCUUCUGUAACUGCUCGUCAUCUGGCAGGAACAAAAGCUGCAAAGCAAUGGGGGACUCAGCUUCACUCCUUUUGUGUUGGCCUGGAAGGCUCACCUGAUUUGAAAGCUGCGAGGGAGGUCGCUAAUUAUCUAGGCACCGUUCAUCAUGAGUUUCAUUUCACAGUUCAGGAUGGUAUUGAUGCAAUUGAGGAUGUUAUCUACCACAUCGAAACUUAUGAUGUUACCUCAAUAAGAGCAAGUACUCCGAUGUUCCUCAUGUCCCGUAAGAUCAAAUCGUUAGGAGUCAAAAUGGUGCUCUCUGGUGAAGGCUCUGAUGAGAUUUUAGGAGGGUAUUUGUACUUCCAUAAGGCGCCGAACAAGGAAGAAUUUCAUAGGGAAACAUGUCGAAAGAUAAAAGCUCUCCAUCAGUACGAUUGCUUGAGAGCCAAUAAAGCAACCUCAGCUUGGGGGCUGGAGGCUCGCGUUCCAUUCCUGGACAAGGAGUUCAUUAACAUUGCUAUGAGCAUCGAUCCUGAAUGGAAAAUGAUCAAGCCCGAUGAAGGGAGGAUUGAGAAAUGGAUACUGAGGAAAGCUUUUGACGAUGAGAAAAACCCCUAUUUGCCAAAGCAUAUUCUCUAUAGGCAGAAGGAGCAGUUCAGUGAUGGUGUUGGCUACAGUUGGAUAGAUGGAUUGAAGACUCAUGCAGAAGCUCAUGUUACCCAUAAAAUGAUGCUGAAUGCGCAACACAUUUACCCACACAACACACCCACCACAAAGGAGGGUUAUUACUAUCGCAUGAUAUUUGAAAGGUUUUUCCCACAGAACUCUGCAAGGCUGACGGUCCCUGGAGGGCCGAGCAUUGCCUGCAGCACCGCUAAGGCCAUCGAGUGGGACGCACAGUGGUCGAAAAACCUCGACCCCUCAGGCAGGGCUGCGCUCGGAGUGCACGUGUCAGCCUACGAGGCCCAAGCUCCGGCUUCUCUCGUGGCCAAGAACAAGAUGCUGAGGAACAUGGUAGAAGUAGCUGAUCCAGCUCUCAUCAUCAUGAGCUAAUGGCCGUGUUAUGUACGUAUUUGUACUAAGUAAAUAUGUGCUGAAAUUACUAGGUGUUAGUUGGUACUGUGUUGUAUUUUUAAGGAGCAAAAACACUAGAAUAACUGGCUGGUGAAUGUAUCUUCUCUGUUCUCUCUUCUUCAUGGGAAUAUUAUCAUGCAACCGAAGUUUGAUGGCCACUUAAUAUAUGCACUUUGUUAUAAUUUUGGGGAUGUUUAGUA